CCCGCCUUGGCGUGUUUGCUGAAGUUUGGAGGAUUGAUGCAUUCAUGCCUACCAGGUGCACAGCACACGUCUUUCGUAAGAUGAGCAAGGGCCAAACUUGCGUGCUGCGGUGCUGCCGAGUGCCCGGUUGAGAUGUGUUUGCGGCAAUUGAGCAUCUGGUGGCUGGUGCAUUUACGGCACCGACAUGGUCUCCACAUCUCGUCGCAGGUUCAAGGAUUGCAUCAGGCGGUGCCAUGGAGCCAGCGUUGGGCAGCAACGAUCCCAAGUGUUUGAGCGGCUCUAGAAGCACGAUUGUCAACGGCUCUCGAACAACUGCAGCGGGCUACUUCCUGACUUGUCUGCUCCCCGGCCGUUUCGCAUUGCAUAACCUGCAGGUGAUGCACCCUAGUCUCAUUUGACGCAGCCGCAGUCGAAUUCAUCACAAGGCCUGAUUUCCAAAACGCGCAAUAUGUAUGUGAAAGUAUCAUGAGGCGAGGAGGAUGAUUGCCGUAUGCACCGUUCGGCUGAAUUGGAUCUUG